CGAAACGAAACCAAAAGCAGAGGAGAGAGAGGUAGAGGUGCUGUGGUUGUGAUUCGUGUUACGGUGUCCAUCAAACAACCAAAGGGCACAAAAAAAUUCACCCUGGUUUCGCGGGAUUCCUAAUUUUCGUUCUCUUUCUGCCUCCAACAUGGCGGAGGUUUGUAUUUGCUCAACUGGAGUUGGAUACAACUGAUGAUUUUUCCCACACAGAUCCGAAUGAUGUUGGAAUAACAAACUUUUAUUGGUUUCUGGGUGUAUUCAUAAAGUAUUUGCACAUUUAACCAUCAAUCUUCUUGGUCAGAGAAUGUCCAGGCCUCUGCACAGGGGUGUAUCUGGGAUUCGGAUCCCUGAUAGCAGCCAUGACUCGUGGGACUCCCAAUCCAAAGAUAAAACAGAAAAGGAAGGUUUGGAUAGAAGAGGUUCUUCUGACCACAGCCUCUUAUCCUUGAGGUCUCCCUUUAGGUUGCUUUUUGCAGAUAAUUCUCAUUCUAAAUAUGGCAUCACUGAGAAUGGUUUUUCAUCUGAUCCCUUCAUUGUUGGCAGUCCGAGAAGUCGGCAUAAAUUGGUUCUUCUUUUAUUGAAGUUUAGUUUAGUAUUUAUAGUUAUUCUUGCUCUUGCUGGAUCUUUUUGGUGGACAGUCUCAAUUUCAACCACAUCUAGAGUUCACAUUUACCAUAGUUAUAGAAGGCUCCAAGAGAAAAUUGUAUCGGACCUGUUGGAUAUUGGGGAGAUUUCUGCUGCUCCCUCAAGGCUGAAAGAAUUGGAAUUCUGUUCUGAGGAGUUUGAAAACUAUGUUCCUUGCUUUAAUGUUUCUGACAAUCUAGCUCUGGGUUAUGCUGAUGGAAAAGAGUUUGACCGGCAAUGUGGCCAUGACCUCAGGCAAAAUUGUUUAUUUCUCUCACCAACGAAUUACAAAAUUCCUCUUCGGUGGCCAACUGGAAGGGAUGUUAUCUGGGUUGCUAAUGUUCAAAUCACUGCGCAGGAGGUUCUUUCUUCUGGAAGCUUGACCAAGAGGAUGAUGAUGCUCGAUGAAGAGCAAAUUUCAUUUCGUUCUGCCUCUCUCAUGUUUGAUGGCGUUGAAGACUAUUCACAUCAAAUCGCAGAAAUGAUUGGACUUAGAAAUGAAUCUAACUUCAUACAAGCUGGGGUUAGGACCAUACUGGACAUUGGUUGUGGCUAUGGUAGUUUUGGAGCGCACCUCUUUCACAGUCAGCUUUUAACUAUGUGCAUUGCAAACUAUGAGCCUUCAGGCAGUCAAGUUCAGCUUACACUCGAGAGGGGUCUUCCUGCUAUGAUUGCUUCUUUGACUUCAAAACAGUUGCCAUAUCCAUCUCUCUCCUUUGAUAUGUUGCAUUGUGCGAGAUGUGGCAUUGAUUGGGACCAGAAAGAUGGAAUUCUCUUGAUUGAAGCUGAUAGACUUUUAAAACCGGGUGGCUACUUUGUCUGGACAUCACCGCUUACAAAUGCUCGUGACAAAGACAGUCAGAAAAGGUGGAAGUUCAUACAUGAUUUUGCUGAAAACCUUUGCUGGGACUUGUUGUCGCAGCAAGAUGAAACUGUAGUAUGGAAGAAAACUAGUAAAAGGAAAUGCUACAGUUCAAGGAAGAAUGGUUCUCCCCCUCCUUUAUGUGGUAGAGGCUAUGAUGUGGAGUCUCCAUAUUAUCGAGAACUGCAAAAUUGCAUUGGAGGAACACAUAGCAGCCGAUGGAUUUCUAUUGAAGAGAGGGCAACCUGGCCUUCCAGGGAUAACUUGAACGAGAAUGAGCUUGCAAUCUAUGGGUUGCAAUCUGAUGAAUUUGCCGAGGAUUCUGAAAGCUGGAGAAUAGCAGUCCGUAAUUAUUGGUCUCUUCUGUCACCUUUAAUAUUUUCUGAUCAUCCAAAGAGGCCUGGUGAAGAAGACCCUCCACCACCUUACAACAUGCUAAGAAAUGUGCUAGACAUGAAUGCUCAUUUUGGUGGUUUUAAUUCUGCGUUGUUGCAAGCUGGAAAAUCUGUGUGGGUCAUGAAUGUGGUCCCCAUGACUGGGCCCAACUAUCUUCCUUUGAUCCAGGAUAGGGGUUAUGUUGGUGUUUUGCACGAUUGGUGCGAGGCCUUUCCAACGUACCCUAGAACCUAUGACUUGGUGCAUGCAGCAGGGCUUUUAUCCCUUGAAACUGCUCAGCAGCGCAGAUGCACUACGCUUGAUCUGUUCAUUGAAAUUGACAGGUUACUCCGCCCAGAGGGUUGGAUUGUUAUUCGUGACACAGUUCCUUUAAUAGAGUCAGUAAGAGCACUAACAGCACGGCUGAAGUGGGAUGCACGAGUUAUAGAAAUUGAAAGUGACAGUGAUCAGAGACUCCUGAUCUGCCAGAAACCUUUCUUUAAGAGACAAGCAAGUUAAUUCAUUUAAGUCCUGAAGAAAUUAGACCAUAAUAUUCAUAUAUUCAUUUCCAUACUGUUCAUUUAUUAUCAUAGUGCUCCGCCAUAGAAAGUAGGGAUUGGAAAUUUUGGACAGAAAGAAGCCAGAAAAACAACAACAGAGGGAACAGUGGAUUCUCGUCAAUGAUACCACCACAAAUCCUAUGUAGCCGUAAGGUAUACAUAGGGCAAUGUAAUUACCAAACGAGGAGCAGAGGUAUACUGGUAGAUUCGAUUUUUCAUGUGAUGUCUGAUUACAGUUACACAGACAUAUAAUUUAAGAUUGGGAAGAUGAUGAUAGAAUAAGUUAUUCCUGUUUGCUGUGAUGUAUAAAAUGCUCAGCGGUUAAUUC